CACUACCGGCAAACAAGGAGGCUGGCUGAUCAAAAGGCCCCAAUCCCUAGUCUAGAUCGGCACAAAAGUUACUCAAAUUGUUCCACUAUCAACAUUGUUCAAGAAGACCUGGACCGGCCCUAUGAGCUAUUCAAGAAAUCCCGUUCUCUAGCCUCGAAGCCGAUAUGGAGCGUUUUCAGCGUUUGGUCAACUCUCAACUCCGAGGCUGCGAUUGGCGAUGGUGCAUUGGAGGAACGCCAAGGAAUAUCCCUGUUUCACGAAGCACUCAAGCGCAAUGCGGAGCACUUUAUCUACUCUUCUGUGGACCGCGACGGUGCUAAAUCCAUCAACAACUCGACCAACAUUCUGCACUUCAUACAAAAACACCGUAUCGAGCAUCAUCUUCUAAAAAGGAGCAAGGAUUUAACUUUGACAUGGAAGAUACUCCGGCCAUCUGCAUUUUACGAGAACCUCGCACCAGACAUUGCUGGCUGUCGCCGUGGAGGUGUUUUUGAAUCCGGAGACGUAUCGAGGCCGUACGCUCUCGCUGGCCGGUGA